UCCACACACCGCAUUCGAGCACUUGACGCCUCUGCAACUCUCCUCCUCAAAUUACAAUCCCAACAAGAUUCCACAACUCAAUUCAACUUCUGUUCUGAAGCGGAAUCUAUCAACCCUCCACCCAGCUUGUUAUUAAAACAAUUUGCUAGUUAAUGUUUUUCCUCAAACCCUUCUGAGUAGGCUACUUUUAGACAGGUGUUUUGGGCAGAGUGCCCGAAAGAAAAAAUGUCCAAUGGGAAAGAUGCACCUGCGGCAGCGAACUCCUCACAGAUGACCCUGCAGGCGUGCCUUGAGGAGUGUAUGGAGGCCCUGGACCUCUUCCUCAACAACCACUUCAGUGAGAGCCUGGACAAACUGCGGCCACGGGUAAAGGAGAGUAUGUACCAUGCUCUGAUCUACGCCACUGUGCUGGAGAUGCAGGCUAUGAUGACCUUCCAGCAGGAUGACAUCGUCAAUGCAGGCAACACCAUGAAGAGUGCCCAGGAGGUCUGCCAGAGGUUUCGACGAAAGUCCCCUAGUAAUAUCAGUAAAUCACCUGGAGAGCGUCUAACUGAAGAACAGCUCCAAGCUCUCCAUGCUGAAGCGUGUUAUGCUGAAUGCUUGCUCCAAAGGGCAGCUCUCACCUUCCUACAGGAUGAGAACAUGGUGAGUUUUAUCAAAGGAGGAAUCAAAGUACGCAACAGUUACCUGAUUUACAAGGAGCUGCACACCUUCAUACAGUCUAACAGCUCUCUCCAAGGACCCAACCACAUUCACUUAGAGGGAGGGGUGUCUUUUGGGAUCGGAGCAUUCAACUUGACUCUCUCCAUGUUCCCACCUCGGUUACUCAAAGUUUUAGAGUUUGCUGGCUUCUCUGGAGACAAGGAGUAUGGUCUGUCCCAGCUGAAUGAUGGUGCCACUACACACAACCUGCGCUCCAUGCUGUGUGCUCUGCUGUUGCUCUGUUACUACACCUUCCUCACCUUCAUACUCGGGACGGGUGAGGGGGACGUGGCUGAUGCUGAGAAGCUGCUGAAGCCUUUCCGGCUGCGCUACCCACAGGGGGCCAUAUUUCUCUUCUUCGCAGGUAGGGCUGAGGCGAUCAAGGGGAACAUUGAUGAGGCGGUGGUGCUGUUUGAGGAUGGCUGCAAAGCUCAGCAGCAGUGGAAGCAGUUCCACCACAUGUGCUACUGGGAGCUGAUGUGGUGCUUCACAUACAAGUGCGUGUGGAGGAUGGCCUACUUCUACGCAGACCUACUGAGCAAUGAGAGCCGCUGGUCCAAGGCCAUGUAUGUGUACAUGAAGGCUGCUUACCUGAGCAUGCUGGCUCCAGGGGAGGCUAGGCCCUUUGGGGAAGAUGAGGUUGAGCUCUUCAGACAGGUGUCCACCUUCAAGCAAAAGAUAGCAGGGAAGUCUCCCCCCACAGAGAAGUUUGCCAUUCGCAAGGCUAGACGUUACAAAGCUAGCUGCCCAGUGAGGCUCCCAGUGCCUGUGCUGGAGAUGAUGUACAUGUGGAACGGCUUCUCCAUGAUCAGCAAGCGGCCAGAGCUGACCGAGGGCAUGCUGCAGACACUGGUGGAGGCAGAGCGCACCCUGCUGGAAUCUCCCGCAAAUGAGUAUUCAGUGGAUGACCGCUGUGUGAUCCACCUACUGAAGGGGCUGUGUCUGAAGAACCAGGGACACAUUCAGGCUGCAGAGGAAUGCUUCAACAAGGUGUACAACAGUGAGAAGAAGAUCAAGUUUGACCAUUACCUGGUGCCCAACGCUCUGCUGGAGCUCAGUGUGGUCUACAUGGACACGGGCCGCAAGGAGGAAGCCAUCAAACUACUGGUGAAGGCCAAAAAUAACUACAAGGAGUACUCCAUGGAGUCACGCACCCAGUUCAGGAUCCAUGCUGCCCUCUCCAAACUCAAGGCUGACACUAGUGACCAAGAUGAAAUCACAGCACUGUAGUAUAACAGGUGUCAUUGUGCUGAGCAAGCACUGGACUUGCUUCCCCUGCCAUGUACAGUGCUAUGAAAAAGUAUU